AUGUCAGGUUUCGCAAUCAACGGCGUCUACCCAGAGUUCAAGGGAGAAACGCCUUACAUGCCUGAAGACUUUGCAGACCAGUAUCCCAACGAUCCUGAGAGACAAAAACAAGCAGCCGAUCGCAAAAAUCAAGCCAUGGCUCAAGGAAAGGAGAAGAAGUCGCACCCUUCAUUUGCACAAACGGCGAAAGGAUUGUUCAAGAAGAAGAGUCAUGGUGGGAGUGAAGAGAUCGAGCUUGUGAAUGAGCAGGCUAAGUCGUUCAAGCGUCACUGA